UAGGACAACCAUCCCACAGCAUUCCCCCACAUCCAAAUCGAAAAAAUGUCAAAGCCAGCCUUGGAACCUCACACCGCCCAGUUUGUUGAUUCCCUCAAGGGAGGAAAACCUAUGGAAACAUUGACCCCUACGGAUGCCCGUAACUUUUUGUCUGGUGCUCAAAGUUCCAUUCAAUACAACAUACCCGCCGCUGUUGAGGAGACUACCUUCCCAGUAGGUCCCACUGGGGAGGUUUUGGUCAAGAUCGUUCGCCCAGAAGGCGCUUCCGGCACCCUCACUCCUAUCGUCUACAUGCAUGGUGGUGGUUGGAUCCUUGGUGACAGAAAUGUCUUUGAUCGUCACAUUAGAAGCUUGUCUAUUGGAGCUAACGCCGCCCUCUUCUUCGUUGAAUACAAUCGUUCUCCCGAGAGCUCCUUUCCCGUCGCUCCCGAACAAGGUUAUGCUGUACUCGAAUACGUUGCCAAAAACGCGUCUUCUUUAAAGGUGGACGCUUCGAAGUUGGUCGUUGCUGGCGAUAGUGUUGGUGGAAACAUGACCGCUGCUCUUUGUCUCUUGGCCAAAGAGCGUAGUGGCCCCGCCGUUGCUCUCCAAGUCAUGUUCUACCCCGCUGUCGAUAGCAGAAUGAACACUGAAUCUUACAAACUAUAUCACGAUGGUCCAUAUCUGACCGGAGGCAUGAUGAAAUGGUUCUGGGAUGCCUAUGCCCUCAAUGACGAGCAAAGGUCAAACCACAUCGCUUCUCCUUCUUUCGCUACCACCGAACAAUUGAGAGGUCUUCCUACCGCUCUGAUUAUGACUGCCGAGAACGAUGUUCUUAGAGAUGAAGGUGAAGAGUUUGGAAGACAAUUGGCUAAGGCUGGUGUUCGCGUCACUGCUACCAGAUAUCUCGGCACUAUCCAUGACUUUGUAUUGCUGAACGCCAUUAGCGAUACACCAGCUGCCAGAGGCGCUGUCGCUCAGGCUUGCCAGCAUAUUCGCGCUCUCUGAAGCCCAUUGUUAAUAUUGCCAUAAAGCAUACUGUAGGCAAGUGCAAA